AUGUCGACGGAGACUCCUGGGCAAUAUCGGAAAACCACGACUGCGUCUAGCCAUGCCAAAGGCGAACAUUACGUCGAAGGCUCGCCCGGACCAGCGUCCGCCGACGCCGACGUUCUUCUCGGCGUGCUGGGAUACCAGGCCGAACUGGCCCGCAGUCGAUCGACCUGGCAGGUCGCGUUCAUGUCGUUCGUGCUGGCCUCGGUCCCCUAUGGACUCUCCUUGACCCUGUAUUAUCCCCUGAUCGGUGGCGGCCCUGUCUCGAUCAUUUGGGGCUGGCUGGCAGUGGGUAUGAUCAUGACCUGUGUCGCCAUUUCUCUCGGUGAGAUCACUUCGGUCUUCCCAGCGGCCGGAGGCGUGUACUACCAGACAUUCAUGGUCUCCCCGCCGCGCUACCGCACGGUUGCUGCUUGGAUUUGUGGCUGGGCGAACACCAUGGGUGUGAUCACGAUCACCCUCUCCGUCAAUUUUGGUUCAGCGCAGUUCUUUGUCGCUUGUAUCAACAUCUUUGGGGAGGAUGGAAACCCGGUCUGGCCCGCGGAGACGUACGAGGUCUUCCUGCUCUUCCUCGCCAUUACGUUCUUGUGCAAUACGAUAUCAUCCCUCGGAAAUCGAUGGCUGCCCAUACUAGAUACCUUUGCCGUCUUCUGGACUUUUACGGGCCUCGCCGCCAUCAUCAUCUGCUCCCUGGCGCUUGCAAAGAACGGACGAAACAGCGCAAAGUACGUCUUCACCGAGUUCCAGACCAACUCGGGUUGGAUUCCGGGAUGGUCCUUUUUCAUCGGUCUGUUGCACGGUGCCUAUGUCACCUCGGCGACCGGCAUGAUCAUCGCCAUGUGCGAGGAGGUCAAACAGCCGGCGAUCCAGGUCCCCAAAGCCAUGGUGCUCACAGUCAUACUGAACGUGGCUUGUGGCUUACUGUUCUUGAUCCCCCUCGUCUUUGUCCUCCCUCCGAUCGAAGAUGUGGUCGCCCAGAGCUCCCCAGUACCGUAUAUUCUCCGUAUGGCCAUUGGCAACCAAGGCGGUGCCUUUGCCGUCACCAUCCCGUUACUGGUUCUGGCUCUUCUCUGUGGCACUGCAUGUACCACUGCCGCUUCUCGAACCGUGUGGUCGUUUGCACGAGACGGCGCGAUUCCCGGUUCACGAUGGUGGAGAAAAAUCAACCGCCGGCUCGAGGUGCCCUUCAACGCAAUGAUGUUCAGCAUGGUGAUCCAGUGCGUCUUGGGCAUCAUCGUCUUCGGCUCGACCGCAGCAUUCAAUGCCUUUAGUGGCGUGGGGGUCAUCUUUUUGACCAUUUCCUACACGACGCCGAUUUUUGUUUCCCUGGUCACUGGUCGAAGAACGCUCAAACGAGCUCAUUACAACCUCGGUCCCGUUGGGGUUGCAUGCAACAUCAUUGCAAUCUGCUGGUGUCUCUUGAUCACGCCCAUAUAUUGCAUGCCGUCCUACCUACCCACCACGGCAGAUACGAUGAAUUACGCUUCCGUGGUCUUCAUUGGUGGCGUGACCGUCUCGGCAAUCUGGUAUUUCGUCUGGGGUCGGCAUAGCUAUCGAGGACCUCCAGUCGGUGUGGAGGAAGCCAACGUACGGCGCGACUCGUUAGUCGAAGCAAAGUAG